CGUAAAUAAAGUUGGGUUCACGUAACUGGAGACAGUAUCACACACCUUAUCACUAAAGCUCAAAAACCCAGAUUUACUAAAAGUGAAUUACAAAGACACACACUCACACUAUCCAUGAUUAUCUAUCCAAGUUAACUUCACAUAUCACUCUGUUCUUCUAUCUAUAUAUAAACCUAAAGCACUAUCUCAACUUUAAUCCGAAGAUACUCUUUAUCUUCUAAGUCAUUUUCUCUCCUUCACUAAUAUCUACCUUCACAUAUUACAUAUACACAGUAUAUGGCAGCAAGCACUGCCACAUUUAAGAACACUGCUACUAGACUCUCUCUUGCCAUGGAAAGAACUAACCAAUGGGUGUUCUCUCAAGAAAUUCCAACUGAUCUUCUUGUUGAAGUCGGUGGAGCCUCUUUUAAUCUUCAUAAGUUCAUGCUUGUGGCAAAGAGCAACUACAUACGAAAAUUGAUAAUGGACAAGAAAGAUGGAACAGAGUUGGAAAGAAUUGAUCUAUCAGAUAUACCAGGAGGAGCUGAGAUUUUCGAAAAAGCAGCCAAGUUCUGCUAUGGUGUUAAUUUUGAGAUCACAGUCCACAACGUAGCAGCUCUCCGUUGUGCAUCCGAGUAUCUUCAGAUGAACGACAAGUACUGUGAUGGUAACUUGGCUGGCCGGACAGAGGAUUUUCUUAGUCAAGUUGCUUUGACAAGCCUUUCUGGUGCACUUGUCGUCUUGAAAUCUUGUGAAAAUCUUCUUCCUUUGGCUGAAGAUCUGAAUAUCAUAAAAAGAUGUGUUGAUGUCGCUACUACUAAGGCUUGUAACGAGGCGAAUUUUCCAAGCCGUUCACCUCCAAAUUGGUGGACAGAAGAAUUGUCCAUAUUAGACAUAUGUUUCUUUGGGAAGGUCAUUACUUCAAUGAAAGGCCGUGGCGCUAAAGGGUUGACGAUAGCCAGUGCAAUAAUAACCUAUACAGAAAGAUCACUUCCAGAUCUGGUGCGUGAUCAUUCUGGCAGCAAUGCUAUCAAGCAGGAGUCCAGCAACAUCAGAGUCCAGCAGCGCGAGCUUCUUGAGAGUAUUGUUGCGCUCUUGCCUCCUGACAAGGCAGUUUUCCCCAUAAGUUUCAUGUGUUGCCUUCUUCGAACUGCAAUUUUCUUGGGAGCAUCAAACAGUUGCAAAACAGAGCUAGAGAAAAGGAUCUCGGCAAUACUAGAGCAUGUUACAGUAGAUGAUCUGCUGAUCACAUCAUAUACUUAUGAUGGGGAAAAACUGUUUGAUUUGGAAAGUGUGAGGAGGAUCAUAGCGGGGUUUGUUGAUAAGGAGAAGAAUGUUGCUGUCUUCAAUGGAGGUGAUUUUAAGGAGGUUUGUUCUGCGGCUACACAGAGGGUGGCCAAGACAGUUGAUGCUUAUUUAGGUGAAAUUGCAGUCCACAGCGAACUCAGUAUAUCUAAGUUUAAUGGGAUUGCUAAUUUGGUGCCUAAAGCUGCUAGAAAGGUAGAUGAUGAUCUGUACAGGGCCAUUGACAUCUAUUUGAAGGCUCAUCCAAACCUAGACGAGAUAGAGCGGGAGAAAGUGUGCAGUGUAAUGGAUCCACUAAAGCUAUCAUACGAUGCAAGGCUCCAUGCAUCACAAAACAAAAGAUUACCUGUACAGAUCGUUCUUCACGCACUAUACUAUGAUCAGUUAAAGAUCAGAAGUGGUGUAGAUGACCGAAAAGCUCCUGAUGCAAUUUCUACAAGAAAUCAAUUGCAGGCUGACGUGUCGUUAGCUAGAGAAAAUGAGGCACUAAGAACCGAGCUACUGAAAAUGAAGAUGUACCUUUCAGAUAUGCAGAAGAGUGGUAGUAGUAAUUCUCUAGGGACUACAUCUGCUGCAACUAAAGGUGUAAAAAAGCAAACCAAGUUCUUUUCAUCGAUGUCAAAGACUCUGGGAAAGCUCAAUCCUUUCAAGCAUGGAUCCAAAGAUACAUCUCAUAUCGAUGAUGUUGGUGUAGACCUCACCAAGCCAAGGAGAAGAAGAUUCUCCAUCUCUUAAGAUUAUGGAAUAUAUGUCUAUAUAUAUCUACCUCCAGUUUGCUGUGUGAUACUAAAAUUUGUUUUAUUUUUUGUUAGAAAGGUGGACGAUCAUGUUGUAACAGAUAAUGUGUGAAUGUGAGUUUUGUUGGUGCUA